UUGUCUCUUUUACUCCUUUAGUUUUUGCAAGUAAUGUCUGAUUUUGUAUCUAUGUGUGUGCAAUGAUGUUCUUUUGUCAUUGUCGGUUUGCUAAUUUUUUCCAUUGUACAAGUUAAAACAUUGCUCUCCCGUUUUUAAUUAAUUUCCAGCAGUUUUUCACAAUUAUUCUGCACAAAUUUGUGUAAAUUUUUUCAUAAAUAAUUGAUAAACAAAAAUCGGGUAGAGCUCAAAUUACCGAAUAAAACAAAUAUACUCUCCCUUUGGUAAUUUGAAUUAACACACUUGAAAAUUAAUAAAAAUAAUAAUUCCAAUAAAAAAGUUUAACUUUUUUUGUAUAAAUAACAAAUAAGAAGAAAACACUACAUUUACAUUUCGACAACAGUAAGAGAACAAGAACAACAGCAGACGCAAAUAUGGGGAAUGUUUUUGCAAAUUUAUUCAAAGGUCUUUUUGGCAAAAAGGAAAUGAGAAUAUUGAUGGUCGGUUUAGAUGCUGCUGGUAAAACCACAAUUUUGUACAAACUUAAAUUAGGCGAAAUUGUAACAACGAUACCUACCAUUGGUUUCAACGUCGAGACUGUAGAAUACAAGAAUAUUAGCUUUACAGUGUGGGAUGUGGGCGGUCAAGACAAAAUUCGUCCAUUGUGGAGGCAUUACUUCCAAAAUACACAAGGUCUCAUUUUCGUCGUUGACAGCAAUGACAGAGAACGUAUUGGUGAAGCGAGAGAAGAACUGAUGCGUAUGUUGGCUGAAGAUGAGCUCAGAGAUGCUGUUCUACUUAUAUUUGCUAACAAACAGGAUCUGCCAAAUGCAAUGAAUGCAGCCGAAAUCACUGACAAACUCGGUCUUCACUCACUAAGAAACCGCAAUUGGUAUAUACAAGCGACGUGUGCAACCAGCGGCGAUGGUCUCUAUGAGGGUCUCGAUUGGUUGUCCAAUCAACUUAAGAAUGCUAAUCGCUAAAUAAACAAACAAAAAAAAAACACUUCUCGUCGUCGUCGUAUAUUUUCUUUAACUUAGCAUCCGCAGCAGUAAAAUAAAUUUAAAAUAAAUAAUGAAAAAGAUGAAAAAUUCAA